ACAUUUGAAAGAACGAUUAAAGCAAUAAACUUUAUCCUUGGCCACAAGGAACUCAGAAAUGAUCCUCACUGUAAAAUGAAAAACAGCCAUAAGAAUUGCCAAAUUCAAAGUUCUGGAUUGUCCUCGCUGAAUAAUAUCACAAACCCAUUAACAAAUUGGGCUUAUAACAUAAAGAACUGCGUAUAUCAAGGAAAAUUCAAAGAAGCCCUUUUAAUAUACAACCGUAAUCGUGUUACUGGAAGUUCAAUAGUGGGUGCUGUUCCUUUGGUGCUAAAGGCAUGUGCUGCACUUUCAAUGCUUAGCCUCGGCAAAGCUUUACAUGCUGAAUCUGUGAAAUCAGGAUUUGAUUGUAAUGUUAUGGUGGGGACUGCAUUGUUGGGUAUGUAUGGGAAAUGUGGAGAAAUUUGGAGUGCCCGGAAGGUGUUUGAUUAUAUGCCUGAAAGAAAUGUGAUAACAUGGAAUGCUAUGAUAUCAGGAUAUAUGAAAGGUGGUGGUACAAAGACUGCAAUUUUGUUGUUUGAGAAUAUGUCUGAGAAGACAAUUGUGACUUGGAAUGAAAUGAUUGACGGGUAUGCUAGAAAUGGAGAUAUCGUGAUGGCUAGGAGUUUUUUUAACCGGGUGCCGGAUGAGUUGAGGAAUGUAGUCACAUGGAGUGUGAUGGUUGAUGGGUAUGCUAGUAAUGGAGAUAUGGAUGCUGCAAGGGAACUGUUUGAGGUAAUGCCAAGAAGAAAUUUCUAUGUCUGGUCGUCGAUGGUUUCUGGGUAUUUUAAGAAUGGUGAUGUUAAGAGUGCCAAGGCCAUAUUUGAUAGGAUGACUAUGAAGAACUUGGUGAAUUGGAAUUCAUUGAUAUGUGGUUAUACACAGAAUGGAUACUGUGAAGAAGCCUUAGAAGCGUUUACUAAAAUGCAAGAUGAGGGGUUUGAACCGGAUGAGGUUACUGUAGUUAGUGUUUUAUCGGCUAGUGCACAGCUGGCUUUGCUGGAUGUUGGCAAGGAAAUACAUGAAAUGAUAAUUCGGAAAGGGAUUGAAUUGAAUCAAUUUGUUCUUAAUGGGUUGGUUGAUAUGUAUGCAAAAUGUGGGGAUUUAAGUAAUGCCAGAUUAAUUUUUGAAGGAAUGUUAGUUAAAAGUGAUGCAGCUUGGAACUCGCUGAUAUCUGGUUAUGCCUCUCAUGGCCACUGUGUGGAGGCAAUUAAUUUCUUCGAGAGAAUGGAGAGCUCAGGAGUGAAACCUAAUGAUAUAACAUUUCUUUCAGUGCUAUCGGCUUGUGCCCAUGGUGGAUUCGUGGAGGAAGGUUUAGAGAUUUUCUCCGGGAUGGAGAAAUAUGGGUUGAAGGCAAGCAUCAAGCAUUAUGGUUGUCUUGUUGACCUUUUGGGAAGGGCCGGAAGAUUAAAGGAGGCUUGUGAAUUGAUAAAAGGCAUGCCUGUCACACCAAAUGACACAGUUUUAGGGGCUCUGCUUGGAGCAUGCCGGGUUCACUCAGACACAGAUGUGGUAGAAAACAUUCUGAAAGAGGUUAAAAAAUUGAGCUCCAGUUGCAAUUCCAGUGUUGAUGCACAUUAUGUGAUUCUUUCUAAUAUAUAUGCUGCCUCUGAAAGAUGGGAGAAGGCUGAAAGGAUGAGGUUUGCCUUGUCAAAUAAAGGGUCUCAAAAGACACCUGGGUGUAGUGUGGUCAUGCUUGAUGGACCGGAGACUAAUUUUAUGUAAGUAUUGCCAGAAUAAUUAACUUCUAAAACAUGAUACUAACUCUAGCCAUUAGACGAUGCUGAGGUGAUUGCAGGAAU